AUGAUGAGGUCGUUAUCCAUCCAACACGGCAGCUCGAUCGCCUCCAGUACACUCAAGAUCGAGGUAACUGCCACGUCUGUGGCUGGACGUAUGCAGUACGUACUUCAAACACUGGAAAACCCUGCCUAUAUCGCAUAUGCGGACAGCAAAAAGUCUAGUGCAACGGGCGGCGGCCAUGCUUUCCGCCCUAUGGAGACGGCAAUCUGCGGCCCUGGUCUCCCCAUCGAGGAACUAUUGAAAGCUACUGCAAGGCUAACAUAA